AUGGAGAGCAUAGCAUUGGGGAAACCAACGGAUGGUCUCAAGGCGGACUCCGAACGUCUGGAUGUCGACUCCAUCCGCCGUAUGUCGUCCAGCCCGUUCUCUUACGGGGACCACGAGCCCUCCUCUGCUGUUCCCUUCGGGGCCCCGAUAACAGCUCCCUCGACCAGGAUCCAGAGAGCCAAGAAGGCGAUUGGUGAUCUGCGGCGCCGCUUCUGGGCAAAGAACAAGCCCGUGGUGUUGGUGGCAACGGCUCAGCUCUUCGCAGCAUUGAUGAAUGUGGCUGCCCGACUCCUCGAACACGAUAGCGGAAACAAGAUGCAUCCUAUGCAACUACUCUUCGCGCGGCAUAGUAUGACUAUGAUCGGAGCUUGCGUAUACAUGUACUGGAAGAAUACGCCACACUUUCCCUUCGGAGCCAGGGAAGUUCGAUGGCUGCUUGUUGCAAGAGGAAUAACGGGUUUCUUCGGCAUUUUUGGCAUGUGGUAUUCCAUGCUGUACCUUCCACUUGCUGAGGCGACGGUCAUCACGUUCCUAGUGCCGAGCGUUUCUGGGUAUAUCUGUCACGUCCUGCUCCAUGAGCCCUUCACGCGCAAGGAACAGAUCGGUUCUUACAUCGCGCUCGCCGGAGUAGUCCUGAUCGCCCGGCCGACAUCCUUGUUCUCAUCGUCGUCUGGGAACGGGAGCACGCCUCCGGAAAUCGCUCCGGGGAUUCCGGCCAACGGCACGGACCCGUAUUCAUCUCCAGGAGGCGAAAUGGAGGCUACACCACUGCAGCGCCUUGGAGCGAUUGGCAUAUCACUCGUCGGUGUCCUCGGUGCUGCACUAGCGUUCACCACCAUCCGAAGCAUCGGCAAAAGAGCACACCCACUCAUCUCGGUCAACUAUUUUUCGACAUGGUCAACCCUCGUGUGUAUAGUAGCGUUGACGCUCGGCCCAAUACUCGACAUCGAUCAGCCCGGGAUGCAGUUCGGUUUACCGAAUUCUUUGUGGCAGUGGACGCUCUGCGCGUUCCUUGGGGUCACUGGAUUUUGCAUGCAGUUCUUGCUGACUGCCGGCCUCGGAAGUGAACGCUCUAACAGAGCUACAGCCAUGGUCUACACACACAUGCUGUUCGCAGCUGCCUUUGACAAGUGGAUAUUUGGGCAUGAAAUGGGUGUCAUCAGUGUCAUUGGCUGCGGAAUGAUUGUCGGCAGCGCACUUUGGGUUGCGCUCUCAAAGAAGGCACCGGUCGUCCAAGAUUCACCUGCUGUGGCAGAGGCAGGCCAAAUUGGAAUGGAGCGGGUACCGAUGCUCGCUGACACAGACGAUGAGGAGGAAGAGCAAGAUGAAGAUGAGAGUGAUGGAGAGGAUGAAACGAGGCCGAUACCACUCGAGGUGAUCCAACGAUAG